GUCAGACUAUGAGACAGUUCUCACAGAACUCUCACCACCCAGUUCAACAUGUGGACACUUAUACUCGUCUUGUCCAGUCUAUUCCCAGCUGGAACUGCUGCUGUAACUACAGUAACUGGAUACAAGGGCCUUUCAGUUCAGAUCAGAUGCCCCUAUAAGUCUGGAUAUGAAACCCACUUGAAGUACCUCUGCAGAGGAGAGUGUUAUACUUUCCGGACUAAGAACAUCCCUGUUGAUUCUAAAUCUGCUAAAGACGAGAGAUUCUCUCUGAAUGAUGACACAGCAGCCAGAGUCUUCACUGUUACCAUCACUGAUCUGAGAUCUGAGGAUGGAGGAAAAUACUGGUGUGUGACAGAGCAGACACUGCGUGAUGACUACACAGAGAUUCUGUUAGUGGUUAAAGUGGACACACCUAUGAAUGUUAUUGUCUCACACUCCACCUACACCCCUCCAACACCUGAUCCCAGCACAUCGGUGUAUACUGAGUCCACAUGGUCAUCUGGAGACCCAGAGACAGUAACACAGUCUAGAGAGAUAAAUGAAGAUUAUGUAAACAUCUCACCAAAUUUUGCUUUUGAAAAUAACCAACCAGAGUCUGUCUAUCAGAAUUUUGGCUUCAAAAAUAAUCAUUAAGAUUCCGUGUAAUAAGUCUGAGCCCAGAGACUAACCACAAUCAACUUAGUCUAAAGAAGAUUGAUCAUUUAGUUAAAAGCUUCAGAGGUGUCUUACAUUUACCAGCUCACUACUGUUCACCUGUGUAACUGAUUACCUGUGUAACUGAUCAUCUGUAUACCUGUACAUGUUGUUUCGUUAACUGAUUUAUGUAAGCAUUGCGUAACUCUACUUAAUUA